AUGUCUAAUGUAAAAUCUAUAAGACUAGCUGCCCGCGUUGCGAAAAGACCGUUUCGUGUAUCCAUUGAAGGAAACAUAGGUUCAGGAAAAUCUACUUGUAUACAACAUUUUGCCAAAUAUAAGAAUGUGGAAACGCAUUCGGAACCUAUACAAGAAUGGCGCAACGUGAGCGGGCAUAACCUACUGGGCCUUUUAUACAGUGAUCUUAAGGAAUGGACUUUUGCAUUUCAACAUUAUGUGCAUCUGAGCCGGUUGAAAAUUCAAACCAGUCCACCUUCUAAUCCUAAUAUCACUGUUAAGAUCUUUGAAAGAUCUGUACAGAAUAGUCGACACUGUUUUGUUGAAAAUGCUAAGAAACAUAAAUUUCUUCGUGACCCCCAGUACCAAGUGCUACAAAAUUGGUUUGAUUACACAGAGAAAAAUCUGGACAUUAGUCUGGACCUGAUAGUAUAUUUACGAACGACUCCUGAAGUUGUAUGGGAGAGAAUGAUGAACCGGGGUCGAAAAGAAGAGUCCGAAGUCCCUUUAGAAUAUCUACAGCAAGUGCAUGAGUCUUAUGAAAACUGGUUCAGUUCUCGGAAUAUGGGAUGUGAAGUAUUGACAAUUAAUGCUGAUAGAGACAUUAAAUCUGUUAUUGAAGACCUAGAACGAUAUACAUAUAAGAUAUUAGGAGGAAAUCACACUAAUUAG